AUGGGCACUCGUAGAGGACACCAGUCCGGCGGUAAUGCUGAGCUCGACGCCUUGCUGGCUAAGCCUGAGAACCGAUUCUGUGCGGAUUGUGGUGCCAAGAGCCCUCGAUGGGCGAGUGUUAACCUUGGCGUGUUUAUAUGCAUUGACUGUAGUGGUAUACACAGGAAUCUCGGCGUACAUAUAUCUAUGGUUAGAAGUGUUACACUCGAUAAGUGGCAAACAAAAUGGAUUCACGUUGUUGCUAAUGUUGGCAAUAGAAUCGCCAACAAUUACUACGAGCACAACCUUCCUAAGGAUUUCAAGAGGCCUACAGUGCAAGAUGGUGUAGCAGCAGUAGAGAGGUUCAUCAGAGCGAAGUACGAACGGCUAGAGUACGUACCCAAGGGGAAUCCUCCACCACCAUGUGAACUUGUGUUACAAGGUAGAGAUGCAGACGUAUAUAAUACAACAUCAUCUAAGCAUGGACCCAAGGCGGAUAGAGCUGAGCAAGUUCCCAAACCAUCACGGUCUUCACAGAAAAAGGAACAACAUAAGAAACACAAAGAGCCCGAAAGCACGGAGUCCAGUACGGUGGGUAUGGAAGACCUUCUGGACCUCACAGAUUUCCCUGUUACUUCCUCUGGGAAUAGUUUUAAUAAUCCCAAAAGUGGAUGUCUAAUCGAUGAUAAUUUUGGGGAUUUUGGCGAUCUUAUGAGUGGAGAUUUGAAUCCAACUAAGAAGGAGGUAAAGACGAAGACGAGUAUGUUGUUUGGUGACGGGCUGGAUGAUGAUCUCUUUGAUCCCUUUGCGAAGCCGACUCAGCAGAGCUCGGCUAGUUCGAUGAAGACAGUCAGCCAAUUGGCGCAUAAGAACGAGUUCAACAUAUCCAGCUUGUAUUACCAAACCCCAACUCCGUCCUCCUCAACGUCGUCAUCAUAUAAAGUGAACUCUG